UCCAUCCCAUCCCACGAAAGGAAACAUGGUUUCUCCUCUUAAGCAGUCCGUGCUCUUAAUGUUCUUCCUCCUAAUGGCCACAAGUGAGGCAGGUUUCUUCAAGAAACGCAGAGUACAUGUUGUAAUCUCCAACGACAUAGCUCCAGGGAUUGAUCUCAAAAUUCAUUGCAAGUCAAAGGAUGAUGAUCUUGGAGAACAAAUUCUUCCCAACAAAGGUACUUGGGGAUUCACGUUUCGACCUAAUUUUUGGGGAACCACACAAUUUUUCUGUAGUUUUGUAUGGCAAUCCAACCUUCGUUACUUUGACGCUUUCAUUAGCGAGAGAGAUUACAAUGAAGAUCAUCCUGACGUUGCGUGGACAAUAAUACCCAUGGGUCCUUGCAAAUUCAAUUACGCUACCAAUAGUUCUGAUAUUUGUUUUCCUUGGAAUUAGGAUGCCAUGGAAAUAAGUGGAGGUUUUGGGCAUAUUCAUUUGUUGUCGACGAAAUUACAUAUUACAGAAACAUAUGCCCAUUUAUUUACCUUUCCCAUGUAAAUAGCAAAUAAAUAUAAGACUAAUUG